AAAACGUACAAAAGUGGAAUGUCUUCUAAGGCUGGUUCUAAGAAGGCUUCUGGAGACACUGCUAGCGUUGAUGGAUCUAACAAGAAACCAAAAUUGCCAAAGGAAAUCAUUGUGCGGCCCUCGUUUUCAGAUUCUCUGAAAUCGAUUCUAAAGGUUCAAGUGAAUGAACAGUUAUUGAAGGCCUUAGAUAUUGCUAACAAAUCCACUGUUUAUAUCUCCAAGAUUGACUGCAGCGACAAGGGAGUCUUGGGUGUUAUUAGUAGUGAUCUUGAGAUACAGGAUAAGAAUGUCAUACAAAUAUCGACUAGUCUUCGUGAGCUUGGUGGAAUGCUUUUGGGAGAUAGAGUGGAAAUCAAAAAAUAUUCUGCAGCACCCAAAUAUGCCAAGUCUAUUCUGAUACAUUUGUCAUUUAAGGAUAAUGGAAUUCAAAUUGAAGGUAGAUUGGCCAAGUCAAUAGAGAAGGCAUUUGAUGAUAUUGGGUUGAUCUCGCCUGGUUUAAAUUUAAGGGAUUUGAGCUUAUCAUUAGGUGAUGAAAAAGGUAAGAUAAAAGCUGACAUUUUAGUAGUAGAUGUUAAUGAGGAAGAAAGUUUGGAAGCAAAAUUAGAACGCGUAAGUAUAUCUGAUCCAUCUGCUCCAGCACCAAAACCUACGAUAGAGACUACCACCCCCACUUACAUUUUCUCUCGUGGUCAAUGUUCAAUCAUCUAUAAGGAGGAGGGUGAAAAUAUAUAUUCCAAGUAUCCAAACUUACCUCAUACAUUACGUUUUUCCCAAGUAGGAGGAUUGUCGAAUCAAAUAUCACUCCUCAAGUCAAAUAUCGAGCUUCCGCUUCAUAAUACCGCUCUCUUCUCAGAUUUUGGAAUACCUCCUCCUCGAGGUGUCUUACUUCAUGGUCCGCCUGGAACCGGUAAAACUAUGUUGUUAAGAUGUGUCGCCAAUGAAGUGAAUGCUCACAUAUUAACUGUAAAUGGACCUUCGAUAGUUUCAAAAUAUUUGGGAGAAACUGAGAAUGCAAUAAGAGAAAUCUUUCAAGAAGCAAAAAGAUUCGAGCCAUCAAUAGUAUUUCUUGAUGAAAUAGAUUCUCUUGCUCCAAAUCGGAAUUCUGAUGAUAGUGGGGAGACUGAAUCGAGAGUCGUUGCUACACUAUUAACAGUCAUGGAUGGGAUGGGACACUCCGGUAAAGUCGUUGUUGUAGGUGCUACUAAUCGACCCAAUUCAGUGGAUCCAGCAUUACGACGUCCAGGAAGAUUUGAUAGAGAGAUUGAAAUAGGAAUUCCAGACGUUGCAGCUAGGUAUGAUAUUUUGCUUAAGCAUUUUGAAAAAAUGAAUGACGCAAAAUAUGAUUUGACUUUAGAUGAAAUCAAAUCUAUUGCUAUGAAAACACAUGGAUAUGUUGGUGCAGACUUGACAGCAUUGUGUAGAGAAUCAGUAAUGGUGGCCAUUAAUAGAGGUUUGGAAUCGCAUAUUCAACUGAAAGAUAUCAAAUUAACACUUGAUGAUAUUGAAGUUGCAUUGCCUGAAAUAAGACCCUCUGCUAUGCGUGAAAUAUUUUUGGAAAUGCCAAAGGUGUAUUGGUCUGAUAUCGUGGGGCAAGAGGACUUGAAAAAGAAACUUGUCGAAGUUGUACAAUUACCUCUUGAAGCGGCUGAUACCUUCAAAAAAUUAGGUAUUAGAGCUCCUAAGGGUGUUUUGUUAUAUGGACCGCCAGGCUGUUCCAAAACUCUCACUGCAAAGGCACUUGCGACGGAGUCAGGGUUAAAUUUUUUGGCUGUGAAAGGUCCUGAGAUAUUCAAUAAGUAUGUUGGUGAGUCAGAGCGUACAAUUAGGGAAAUAUUCAGAAAAGCUAGAGCUGCUGCACCAUCUAUAAUUUUUUUUGAUGAAAUAGACGCUAUUUCCGGUGACAGAGAAAAUGAAACUUCUGCCGCUCAAAACGUUUUGACGUCUUUGCUAAAUGAAAUUGACGGUGUCGAGGAACUUAAAGGAGUUGUCAUUGUGGCUGCAACGAAUAAGCCGACUGAAAUAGAUCCAGCAUUAUUACGUCCUGGAAGAUUAGAUCGUCACAUAUACGUUGGUCCUCCUGAUUGCGAAGCACGUCUUCAGAUGUUGAAGAAAGGCUGUUCUAACUUCAAUUUAUCUGAAGGGGAGGUGAAUUUGGAAAGAAUUGCAGAGCUUUCUGAUGGUUGCUCGGGUGCA